GAAUUGGGUCUUUUAUUUCUCACUGAAAAAUGGGACAUUUGUGCAAUGAGGUUAAUUACUACAUCGACAAGUGAGUGUGAACCAGGACUGAGGACUGUGGUUGUGUUGCAUCCAGAUUGGCCUUUCAUAGUGGCAGUGGGAGGCGUGGGCGCUGCCCAACGGGACGCGCGCGGCCGGCGCCCGCGGGCGGGCGCCGCGCUGUGGCUGGCACCGCGGCCGCCGGACUGCUGGUGGCUGUUCGGCGGGCGAGCCGCCCGGCCUGGCACGGCGGGCGUCGCCGGCGCCGCCAAGCCUACUGCGACCUGUCGGCGCUACGACCGCGGCGGCGCGUGCCUGGAACGCGCGUGCUGUCGGCGGACGGGCGGCGCAGCGGGCCCAAGGCAUGCUGCUGCUGCCGCUCCAGCGCUGCAGAGAGAGGACGACGGCACGCGGGCGAGGAGCCGCGAAGCCGCUGGCGGCGGCGCGGUCACUGGCAGGCGAGCGGCGGCCGCGGCGGCGGCGGCGCGGCCGCCGCGGCGGCGGUUCAAAGGACGGGAUGGCGCCGGCCGCAGCGGGCAGGCGGGGAGGCGGUCGGGUCGCAAGCACGCCUUGACGGAGGCGUCGCCCGCCCUGCUGUGCGGUCGCGCUGAUCCACAGGACCCGCAGAAGCGCUCCCUGGCGUACUACGACCCGCGCAACCGGCGCAGCAACACGGUGUGGCAGCUGGAGCUGGUGGACCGCGUGUGGACGGCGUACAUGUGCUGCUGCGACCGCACCGACGCGCGUCGGGCCCGCCGCGGGCCGCGUCGCCGCUCGGCGCCAAGCCGGCGGACACGCCCCGACGCGCCGGCAACGCUCAAGACGCACGCCGGCCCGCACACGCGCCCCGCCGCCGCCGAUGCGCCACGGGUGGAGCCUAAGGCUAGGUGUCAUCUUUCUCUUCUCGACGCCAUUGCAGAGGAGACAGCAGAAAAUCUUAAACAUUCUUAA